AUGUACGCGUCAAAGUCGCCUCCAAUAUCCGUGGUGCCAAAAUGCCAAGAGGAGGAUUCAGAUGAGGCGGCUUGGGGACCACGGUUCGGAGGUUCGGGAAGAUCCGUCCGAUCCCCGGCCUCCGAACCUGGCUGGUCCAGGCGAUUCGCGUCAGUGGAUCUGGACGAAUGGGGCGCCGCCACGUAUGCACCGCGGUCGUCUCACGAACUAACUGACCCGUUCGAUGCGAGCUGUGCGUGCGAUGCGAACGGCACCGCGUGGGACAAUUACUGGGAGUGCGACAGCGUUGCGACGGACACUUCUUCUCACGGACAGGCCGCGGAAGAUAUAGCGAUUUAUCGCAGCAGCAGCACCGGGCAUCGAUACCCUGUUGUGAUGUCCAGCAGCAAGAUCGGCAGCAGCGGCCAGCGCUCUUGCCAGUGGGACGACCCCUGUAGCCCUGCUGCUGCUGCUGCUGCUGCUGCUGCUGCUGCUUCAGCGCUGCAUGCCCCUCAUUCUGCCUCUUGUACCGCUCGCCACGGCUCGGGUCCUGCUCUGCAGGGCUCUGCUGCUGCUUCUCCGCACGUCCCGCAUGCUGCCCUUUCGAGGGACGACCGGCCCGGCGCGUCUCUCCCGCCCCCUGCGCGCCAAGGCAGCGGCUCAGCCCAGAAGCAGCAGCUAGUACCGACCCACAAGAGAUCUCACUCCGCUGCACCGCACUCCGCUGCACCGCACUCUGCUCAACCGCAUUCCCACCCCAGUCACCCCGGUCACGGCAGUCUCACCAGGUACCUGCCUCAUCUCGAGAUCCCAGGGCAAACGGGUCAAGUGGGUCAAACCGUUUCGUUAUCCGCGAACGGGCACCGAAAAACCCACUCGCAUUCUGCUGCAUUGCAUGGCAACACCACACACCCGGGUCAACUGGGUCAGCUGAGUCACACCACUCACCCGGGUCGCCUGACGCCUCUUGAUCUGCCAGGUCUAACGAGUCAAGCGAGUCAAACGGGUCAAACGGCUUUCUCCCCUUCCAGCGCCUCGCCUUCUCACGGCCGCAGGCACUGCAACCUUGCGCUGAAGCACACGGAGGAGGAGGAGGAGGCGAAGCAGCACAAGGGGCAGCAGCAGUUGGUGGGGGAAUGCAGCGUGGACGUGGGCGUGGACGGUGGUGGUGGUGUCGAUGGUGAGUCGAGCGACUCAGAUGACGAUUUCAUCGGGCUCUACGCUGCUGUUGUGCGCAGCCGUGCUGGCGCUGGCAGCACGAAGGCGCGCGCUGGGGGCAUGAAUAUCGGUGCGGGCACUGGCAGCCUGAAGGCGUAUGUUAAGGUGGUGGAGCAGGGGGCAGGGGAGGUGGAGCAGGGGGCAGGGGAGGUGGACCAGGGGGCAGGGGUGGUGGAGCAGGGGGCUCGGGCGGUGGAGCAGGGAGCAGGGGGCAUGGAUCAGCGGGCGGGCACUGGCAGCCUGAAGGUGAAUUCUAAGGUGGUUGCGCAGCGGGCCGGGCGCGUGCGGCCAAUUCACAGACUGUGGGAGACAGCCAUGCUGCGAGUAGGAGCAGCAGUGGAAGCAUUGCUGUAG